AUGGAAAAUGCCAAGGAGUUUACGUUUGAACUCCGUACUAAUGUAACACCUCCCCAAUUAAUUAAUCAAAUUCAAAACAAAAUCUGCAAAUUUUCGUACAUCGGAUCUGGCUACAACGUUUUUUUGGUGUUAGUAUAUGCGCUGUAUAAUUUUUACUAUCUAUUUUUUCCCGAAGAAGGUGAGGUUAGUGUCAUUGGCAACCAGACUUAUGUGAAGGUCAUGAACGUGGCUUCGUUUAUCACAACCCUGAGUAAAUCUUUGAUAAACAUUAUUGAUCGGUUGAUCAGUGUCAAUCAAAAAUUGAGCAUAAGUGCGGAUUCUUACUCAAAAGAUUUUUUGAAUUCUGUUAGAGCUGCCAGAUUCGCCCUGUCCACAAAUUUUGCUAAUGUGGUCUGCAGUUGGAUAAUUGUGCAAUUCACUCUGCUUCUGGGCAUUGUUGGCAAGCAGAUCGAGGCGGUCAAUUUAUCUAUCAAUAAAAUAGAUGAUGUCAGAAGUGAUCUUGCUCAAAUUCCUGCAUUGAGGGUCAAUAGAUUGUUAGAGGAUGAAUCUGCUUGUCGAGAAAUUAAUUACAUCAAGAGAAUUUACAUUGAAUUGUGGGAAAUUUCUGGAGAAAUAAACAAUUUGUAUGGACUAACUGUUUUGAUUUCUCUCCUGCUCUUUAGCUUCGAGAUCAUUGUCAGUUUACACAUGAUAUUCACACUGCCUCUUCUAAAAGCUUUAAGCUUUAUUUUUCUCCAUAUUGCGACAGGAAUGAUUGCCCCUUGGAGAAUUUUUUUGUUUUUUGGUGCUAACUUCUGCAGUUUCCAAAACUACCGAUCUGGUAUGAGUAAAAAAACAGGGCAAAUUAUUAGCUUACUGUCAAAUCGACGUCCGAUAAAUCCAAAAGUCAAGGAACAGCUGUAUAAAUUUUCGAAUGAUCUUUCGCAUUUUAAAAUAGAGUUUUCUGCUUAUGGAGUUUUACCAUUGAAUCGAGAUCUCUUAGGAAUUGCUUCUGGAACUAUUGCAACGUUUCUAACCAUAAUUAUUCAAGGAGCAGGUAUUCUUCGAACUCUGCCUUCUGAUAUUGAGCGUGAGCUUGCUAGAAUGAAAAAAGCUUUAGAUUAA